GUACUUGAAAGCAGCACACCGGAAGUGCUGCCGGAGUCACGUGAAACAGCUGCGCAGCAGUAAGAGGGUCUGACAGCGCGCGGGUCCAGCUGUGAAGUGUUUCGUCAUGGGUCUGGAGGCCUGGUACAUGGACGGGUCCGAGGAGGACCAGAGGAGGCCGCACAGGCUGGAGCCGCACCAGCCGGUGAGCCUGGAGCAGCUGAAGGAGCUCGGAGUGUUUUACUGGCAGCUGAACGCCGACAUCUAUGAAAGCGACCCGGAGCUGCAGCAGAUCCGUAAGGACCGGGGUUACUCCUACAUGGACAUCAUCACGAUCCACAAGGACACUCUGCCCAACUACGAGGAGAAGCUGAAGAUGUUCUUCGAGGAGCACCUCCACCUGGACGACGAGAUCCGCUACAUCCUGGACGGCCAGGCCUACUUUGAUGUCAGGGACAAGGAGGACCGGUGGAUCCGGAUCGCCAUGAGAAAAGGGGACCUGAUCACGCUGCCGGCGGGUAUCUACCACCGCUUCACGCUGGACGAGAUGAACUACACGAAGGCCAUGCGGCUGUUUGUGGGCGAGCCAGUGUGGAAGGCUUACAACCGCCCCGCUGACGACUUCGAGAUCCGUCAGCAAUACGUGGCGUCCAUGCAGGGAUCCUGAGAGCGCCGCGGACGCCAUUCCCACUGCAGUCAGAGCCUCUGCAGAAAAAGGCUGUCCAAUCAGAGCAGAGAACGCUGAUGUGGACGACGAUGUAGCACGAAGACUUUAAUUUCCGUUUCUACUUCUUAGACAGAAAUGUUAGUUUUUACUGUGAGGAACAAUCAGCCACAACAUUAAGACCAGAGCAUGACGUCACCGUGACAUCACCACGAGUGCUUCACGACGAGACCAUCAGCAGGUCAUGGCGUGAGGGCAGCGUCGCCCUGCUGGCCGUGAGAGAAUGCAGAGGUCAGGUGACUCUUAGACUGCUGCCCCUGACGCCGGGAUAAGACGUGCAAAACUCCUGCCCGGUGAGCCUGGAGGCUCCGCCCCUCCACACAGAGGGUGGUUUGAAUGUUGUAGCACAGCUUCCUUCAUCAGGACUUUAACUCUUCUUUAAAGGUUCUCGUGAUUAUUCAGGAUCCAGCCUGUUAGUGCCUUCCUGUCUCUGGAUUAAAGGAUCAAUAUGAA